CACAAACGUCACAUUCCAAAUUCGGCCGCUGCCACGGCCGAUCGUGUUUACUAGUUCGAAGGAAGAUUACAAAUAAGGCAAAAUGAAAUUAACGGUUGCAUUGAUUGCCAUACUGAGUAUAUCCUCAUCAUGGGCUAAAGAACUCAACAAGGCUGAAGACCCAAAGGAUAAAAGAGAAGCCGCCAUAGGCUACGGAUCCCAAGGCAUCUCAGCUCACAGUUACCAGGCCCCUAUUGGACAUGAAGGAGGCAAUUCCAUCAGCGUUGGUGCUGGUUACAGCGUAGGUGGAACCAAGCCCAGUUACAGCUUCGGUGGCCACUCAGCUUCUCCACUACAGUUUGCGCCAGAAGGUCUUCAAUCCAGCGGACAUGCCACCAUCAAGCUGCCACCCAUCACUCUUCAACCUUCCCAUGGACUAGCAGCAGGCGACCUUUCACAACUCAUGAGCCAACUAUCUCAUAGCAUCAACUCAGGUGCUCUUAAUCUUCAAGCAGGAGGAUUUGACUCUUACGCCUUAGCAGCUGCUCCUCAGGCCGAACAUGGUGCCCAAGAACUGUCUCUACCUCAAUAUACAUUCGGAGCCCCGAAACUUCAACAGUAUACUUUCCAAGAGCAACCGCAAGUAGCCAGUCCACCGUCUUACGCAGCUGGUACUAAAGGUCUUGGUUCGUAUGGUUCUACCGGACCAGUUCUCUUUACUCCAUCCGACUCUCAAGCAAACGUAGCUUUGCAAAGCCAUGCUCCUAGUUCUGGCCACUCAUUUGAAGCAUUAGGACCGGCUUAUGCCAUCGGAGCUGCUCCCAGCUCAGGUCAUAGCUACGGUGGCGCUGCUGUUGGACAUUCUUUUGGCGAGGGUGCUUUAUCUGGACACUCAUUCGGCGGCGCUGGACUUUCUCUAGGCCAACCUGGACAUUCCUUGGGUGGAUCUGGACAUUCUCUGGGUGGAUCUGGGCAUACUGUUGGCGCUGGAUACACCCUUGGAGGUUCUAGCCAUUCCCUUGGGGGAUUGUCGUUAGGUAGCUCUGGCAAUUCGUACGGUGGAUCGUACAAGACUCUAUUGCCAAGCAAAGGAUCUUUCAAACCAUCUGCUUUCUUGGGAUCGUCAAUUCAAGGAGACUCAAGCCACGGGUUAUCAAGUCUGUCCAGUUCUCAUGGAGCCCCAUCAUUUGGCAGUUUCAGCAGUGGAGGUCAUAGUGGCUUAUCCCUUGCAUCUUUGAGUCACGGAUCUAGUUUUGGUGGGCAUGCACCCAGUUUUGGAGGCCACGGAAGCAGCUUUGGAGGGUCUUCCACAAAAUACUUAGCUGCGUUUGCUCCAUCGAAAUCUGAAGGCUAUGGGAACACGGAGUCUGUUUCUAAUUUCGCUUCAAGCGGUCACUUGUCUUCUCCUGGUAGCUCGUUUUCCUCACCUUCCUCCUAUGGUCAUAGUAACAACGUGCACUCUGCCUCUUCUUCCAGUCCACAAUACUAUGUGCCGUCUUCUAAAUACUCCUCUUCCAGUUUUGGUGAAGGAAGGUCAUCGUACAAAUCUCCUAGCAGUCAUGGAUCUUUGAGUUCGUUCUCGUCAGGGCCCAAACACAGUUACGGACGCGUCAACCGUUAUUCACCCCCUAAGGAUAUUGAAGGCUCCUACAGUGAAAACACAUAUAACACAAUCAAAUACAGCGAAGAACUGAAACCACGCACUCAUUAAGUUUAUAUGAAUAUGUUUUUACAAAGCGGCCUAAAAUGUUGAUUUUCCUGUAAAUAAUUAAAGAAGUGAGGGUGAUGCGAGUGACUGUGAUCGCUGUGGUUUGAUUGUAGGCGAGUCUCAGAGAAAAUGUUUGGUCUGUCGUGCUUAGUCGCUAAAUAGCGGCAAUUAACAUAUUUGUUGGGUCACUUCCCUGUAAGUACAGGGAUAAGUAAUUUUUAAGCCACACUGUGCUUUGCAAGUCGAGUGCUGAUUAGGUUGCCAUUAUUGGUUGCAAUAAUUGAUUUUGUAUUCUUGGACUUAUUUUCUCAUUGAGUAGCU